AUGUCUACAGAACGUCGUGUCGCGAUUGUCACUGGUGCCGCUCAGGGUAUCGGACGAGCUGUUGCAUUACGACUCGCCGACGAUGGAAUAGACGUUGCUGUGAAUGACCUUCAAAGCAACGCCGAUAUAUUGAUACAGCUUGUGGCGGAGUUGCAGGCAAAGGGGAGGAAAUCCAUCCCGAUUCUUGCUGAUGUAUCCGACGAGGAGGGUGUGAAAGCAAUUGUGACCACGACAGUACAGCAACUUGGCAAACUUGAUAUCAUGGUAGCAAAUGCUGGCAUUUGUGCGUUAGGGUUGCUUCAUGAGUUGGAUGUCGAGCAAUGGGACCGCGUCGUUGCGGUCAAUCUACGCGGAACCAUGCUGUGCUACAAGUAUGCUGCUGCGCAGAUGAUUAAACAGGGGCAUGGGGGUCGGAUCAUUGGAGCUUCCUCUUACACAGGGAAGAAAGGAGAGGCCUAUGCGAGUGUCUACUGCACCACGAAGUUCGCUAUCAGAGGUUUAACACAGUCAUUGGCAAUGGAACUCUUAGAACACAAGAUCACCGUCAACGCCUAUGCUCCUGGAGUAAUUGACACGCCGAUGGCGAGGAGAACCUUGGGUGGUGGUGGCAAAGCUGAAUGGGCAAUAGGCGCACAACCACUCGAAGGAGCUGCAGAACCGGAUGUCGUAGGUAGCAUCGUCUCGUACCUUGUCAAGCCGGAAGCCUACUUCAUCACAGGACAAUCAUUGAACGUGAACGGAGGGAUAUACAUGGACUGA